AUGACCGAAAAUACCAUUGCAGAUGGCACCUCAAAGGCCGCUGAUGCGCCCAUCGCACCCGUGGCCAUUUUCAAGAAACGAGGCGCAAAAGGCAAGGCCAAUAUUAGAAAGCGAGCGGCAACACCACCACCGGCCAGCGACAAGGACAGUGACGACUCUGGCUACACAUCGUCCGAAGAUGAAGCAGGUCGACGCGUCAAGCGGCGGAAGAAGAACAGCGCCGUCGUGAAUGCAUCAUCCAAGAACAACGCCACGUCCACCCAUAACUCACAUUCCGCCACCGUCUUCGAAGCAGAUCGCAGCGUCGAACUCACCAGCACCAACGAUGCCACGAAGCAGAGCAACUGGUACGACGAAGAUGCGAACCUGCUAGGCAAGACGCGAGCCACACCCAAGGCGGGAGACGCACAACCAGAAGGCACCUACAAGGGUUUGGCGAAUAAGACGAGCUUCAUACAGAAGAACCCUGACGCGCCCAACCGGACAGUAGGCCCCGUCAAGGCUGCGACCAACAUCCGUACCAUCACCACCACAGACUUCGCACCUGACGUGUGUAAAGACUACAAACAAACCGGGUUCUGUGGGUUUGGCGACAACUGCAAGUUUCUGCAUGCACGCGAGGAUUACAAGCAAGGAUGGCAGCUGGACAGGGAGUGGGAAAACGUCAAUAAGGGGAAAAAGGUUGUGGGUGGCAAAGUAGUCGCCAGCGCAAACCGCAGUGGUCCGGAUGCCGGAGACGAUAACGAUGCCGCCGAGAAGGCCUUGCUAGAGAAGAUACCAUUCGCAUGUAUAAUCUGCAAGGGGCCGUACAAAGAACCUAUCGUCACGAGGUGUGGACAUUACUUCUGCCUCCCAUGUGCCUUGCAGAGGUAUAGGAAGGACCCGAGCUGUGCGGCCUGUGGCUCUGGGACAGGAGGCGUCUUCAAUACAGCAAACGCAUUGAAUAAGUUGUUGGAUAAGAAGAGGGACAGACAGGCGAGAAAGAGGCAAGAAGCUCUCGAUGCAGGCGAAGAGGUUCCUGAGGAGGAAGACCAGCCACCAAAGUAA